AUGCCUAAUCAGGAACAUUCGGACAUUGUGAAUGAGCUCCACCAAAUGAUCAUUGAAAAUAAAUGGGAGAAAGACUUUGCCAAAGGCAUCGAAAAUGCAUUCAGCCUGGCCGAAAAGGACCUUCUCGAAGCCAGAAUCUACGAGGGUAAAACUCAUGCCGAAACUGUGAUGUCUUUCCUUCACUUCUGCGACCGCUACGUGAAAUGGGUGCCCACCACUACGUCCAGCAGAGAUGAAGCACUGUGGAUGCUGUCCGUGUUCUACUUCGUGUUUGAUCAAGUCCCGAUAUUCAGCAAAAAAUAUCAAACCCCCAUUCUUCCGGACGCCACCCCCAACGAAGCGCCGAUAUCCAAGUGGCUUCAUACGUAUGCAAAUGACCUUGGGAAGUGGAUGGACGAUCCAAAAUCGGUUGCGGCAGUCGACACAUUCAGCGAGAACCCGGAAUAUAUGGUGAACCCGAUCUAUCGGCCGAUCGCCCCGAAAAACACCGUCGCCAGCCCCUGUGACGCCAAGUUCGACGGCUACUGGAAGAUCCAGGACGAUGGGAAUGUCAUUCUCCCCAGCCCAAGCGUCAACUUCAAGGGAAUCGAGUGGCCCAUUAAGAAGCUCCUGGACGAUACCGAACUGGCCUCAAAGUUCCACGGUGGCACCCUUAUGCACUCUUUCCUCCUGCCGAAUAACUACCAUCGCGUCCAUGCUCCAGUCAGUGGAAAGUUGGUCGACUACAAAACCAUCCCAGGAGACGUCUAUCUGGAGGUAACUGCGGACCGGAAGAAAAACCGAAUUGGACAUAUUCCGCGGUUCAUGGACCCGAGAGACGGUAAGAAGCAAGACGAGGACGUUGAAGCCCAGGAUACUCCUGGCUAUCAGUGGAAUCAGGUGCGUGGCAUGUGGAUAUUCGAAACGCACGAAGAGGGCAAAGAGAACAGAGACAUUGAUAUCGGGACGGUGGUGCUUUUCGCCGUGGGUAUGGCGCAAAUCUCCUGUGUCGUGGCGACAGAAAGCCCCGAAGACGACGACGACUGCCAGGAUGACCAUGUUAAGCAGAUUAAGUACCCCCAGCCGGGUCAAUGGGUCAACAAGGGCGACGAGAUCGGAUACCUGAAGUACGGAGGAUCGGAUUACAUCCUGCUGUUUGAGAAGGACAAGGUGGAAUUUUUGCCUCCAAGUUUCGGGACCGGAGCUCUCGCAGUAGGAACCCCCCAGAAGGGGAGUCUGUAUUUGCAAGGCGCUGCACUCGUCAGCAAAAAAUGAUCGUGGGCCUUCUGAAGGCUUGGACUGGUUUUGAUUGAUUUGUUGGUUUGCUUAGUUUUUGAUUUCUUGAUCUUUUUGCUAUCACUGAGUUUGAAGAAUACACAAGAUCAUUACCAACGGUCGAGUGUAUACUAUGUCCUAGAUAUAAGCCUCUUUUAUAUCUUUUAUAUUAUCC